CGCGCCACUAUACAUUUUUGGCAUAAAACGCUACUCGGAAUCAGGCACAUUGAUAUCUACCUAUAAACCAACGGAUACCGGAAGUGCUGAGAAAGGCUCGAUAUGAUGUAACACCGAGCGCUGAGUAAUCAAUCGGGACCUUGACUGCUUCUUAGCGCCAUCAUGGUGUUACGGAGGCUCCUUUACGCGUUAAUAAACAACGCUCAGCUGGUGGAGAAGCUAGCCGAGUCGCGGCCCAUCCGGCGCGCGGCGCAGCUCACCGCCUUCGCCAUCACGCGCGCGCAGAUCGCCGGUAAGGACGCCGCGCGCCAGAUCCGCUCAGGAGAGCUGGGCCAGAAAGGCGCGAGACUCCGGAACACUUUCCUCAGAGAGGUGAAGGAGGGGAUGAGAGACGCGUCUCGACAAAUUAAAGACAAGAAGUGAACGGUGUGGAUUUAAAACUCGGGGACAAUCUGUCAGGGUGUCUGGCUUUACUAAAUGAACGGCUUUCUCUGUUGUAAAUAAUAUAAAUAAUGAUAAAAAGUCCGAUAAA